AACCCGGAGGAUUCCGCCCCGCCGUGCAUCAAGGCACCGAACUCCGAAUUGCAUCUUCGGAGUCCGUAAAGCAAAAUCGGUUAUUCACCGAGAACGGAGGACUGCCACCGCCAACACGACCAAUGCGUCAUGCGUGGUGGACAGCCGUCGUUCCCUGGUCACUGACCCGCGCGAUUCCCGGUCCCGGCCCCGGCCCAUUUUUUUCGAGAACCAUGGCGACGACGACGCCGUCACCAACGCGAUCGGCGACGACGAGGACGACGAGGACGACGAGGACGACAACGAGGACAUACAAUGACGCCAUCGACGCCCUCAAUUCCCUCCAGACGCCCUAUGCCGCCAUCGAGGCCCGCCGCCGCGCGGGCAUCCGGCCCGACGCCACCUCGGUGCGCGAGAUGCGCGCCUACCUCGCCCGCAUCGGCUACACCCCGCGGGACCUCGACCGGCUCAACAUUGUGCACGUCGCCGGCACCAAGGGCAAGGGCAGCACCUGCGCCUUUGUCGACUCGGUCCUGUCGCGCUACCAGCGCCGCGGCGGGUCCCCGCGCCGGGUCGGCCUCUUCACCUCCCCGCACCUGAUCGCCGUGCGCGAGCGCAUCCGCAUCAACUCGGCGCCCAUCUCGGAGGAGCUGUUUGCAAAGUACUUCUUCGACGUCUGGGACCGCCUGGAGGCCAACGCCGACGUGGCCGCGGACGACGCCGCCCCGGGCAGCAAGCCCAUCUACGCCCGCUACCUGACCCUCAUGAGCUUCCACGUCUUCCUGUCCGAGGGCGUCGACGCGGCCGUCUACGAGACGGGCAUCGGCGGCGAGUACGACGCCACCAACGUGGUCGAGCACCCCGUGGCCAGCGGCAUCAGCACCCUCGGCAUCGACCACGUCUUCGUCCUCGGCGACACCGUCGACAAGAUCGCCUGGCACAAGGCCGGCAUCAUGAAGCCCGGAAGCCCCGCCUUCACCGUCGAGCAGGUCCCGCGCGCCGCCGAGGUGCUCAAGGCGCGCGCCGCCGAAAAGGGAGUCGGCCUCCGCGUGCUCGACAUCGACCCGCGGCUGGCCGCCGUCAAGAUCCGCCCGGACGCUACUUUCCAGAAGAAGAACGCCACCCUCGCCGUCGCGCUUGCCGAGACCGCCCUCAGACGGCUGGACCCUUCCUUCUCGCCCGACCCGGACGCCCUGCCGCGCGAGUUUGUCGACGGCCUGGAGCAGGUCGUCUGGCGCGGCCGCUGCGAGGUCAAGGUCGAGGACCACGUCAUCUGGCACGUCGACGGUGCCCACACCGUCGACAGUCUCAAGAUGGCGGCCCGCUGGUUCGUCGGCGAGUGCGCCGGCCGGGCCGGGGGCGGGCCCAGGGUGCUCAUCUUCAACCAGCAGGGCCGCGCCGAGGCGGUCGACUUUCUCGACGGGCUCUGCAACACCGUCAAGGAUACGGGCCGGGGGUUCGAGCACGUCAUAUUUUGCACAAACGUCACGUACGCCGCCACCGGCUACAAGAGAGACUUUGUAAACCACCAGCACAACCCCGCCGACAUCGAGAAGAUGACCCAGCAGCGCGUGUUCGCCGACAGGUGGAAGAAGCUGGACCCGUCCGCCAACGUCAUGCUCAUUCCCACCAUCGAGGAGGCCAUCAACGCCGCCCGCGGCUUGGCGAGCGGAGAGCACAAGGUCCAGGCUCUCAUCACCGGCAGCCUGCACCUGGUCGGCGGUGCGCUAGGUAUCUUGGAGAGCGCUGAUGCGUUGUAAUUCCGAACUUGGUAGGCAAAUGGAGGGGAAAGGGAAGAGAGGAGGAAGGGGGCGAAAAGAAUGAUACCGAGGCGAAGACGGGGUUUGGGAGUCCGUCCGUCUCGGCGAUUACGAAUAUUGAC